AUCAUCAUCCAAUUUCCCAUCAGCUCGAUCGCUCGUAUCACUCAUGGCUCAAAGAGGGUAACCGAGUUAGAAACUGAGGAGGAAGCAACUCGACGACACCAACCAAUGGCGGAGCACGCCACGGGAGUGUACGGGCACCCGUACCCGCGCGUCGACCAGUACGGGAACCCUGUGCCGCCGGUCGACCAGUACGGCAACCCCGUCCCGGACGAGCCGGCGCCGCGCGACACGGCCGCGGGGUACGUGGCGCCGCCGGACCCCGCGGUGUCGACUGGCGACUACGGCCUCGCCGGCGCGGAGGCGCCGCACCCGCACGAGAGCGCGGUGAUGAGCGGCGCAGCCGCCGCUGCCGUCGCACCAGGAGGCGAGGCGUACACGCGCGACGGCGGCGGCGUAGUUCCCCCGGCCGGCGAGAAGACGUUCGCCUACGAGGGCACGGUCAGCGCCGCCGGCGUCACGGGCGCCUCCGGGCAGCUCCAGCCCACCACCAGGGAGGAGGGGCACACGACGCUCGGCGAGACGUUGCGCCGCUCCGGCAAAUCCAGCUCCAGCUCCAGCUCGUCGUCGGAGGAUGACGGGCAAGGUGGGCGGAGGAAGAAGAAGAGCAUCAAGGAGAAGAUAAAGGAGAAGCUUCCCGGCAGCCACAAGCAGGAGGAGCAGAAGCAAGCUGGCCACACGGCUCCGGCGGCCGGGACGGGGACGGGGACGGGGACGCAUGCAGCGGGGAAGCACGAGAAGAAGGGCAUCGUGGAGAAGAUCAAGGAGAAGCUCCCCGGCCACGGCCACCACUGAGCGAGAGCUCGCGCGCACGCACUUUCAUCGGUUGACGUUCGUGCAACUGUCCAUGCAUGUAUGUAUAAUACCAGUCGUGUUUCAGUUCGUUAAUUUUACGGUCGAUGUGUGGUCUCGGUAAAACUAGGUGGUGUACAGUGCGUCUAUGCAUGUACGGUGUAUCCAAUAAUCCAGAGUCAGAUCUCUUUUAAUUAUCCUUUA